GCAAUAGUUUAGUCUUUACAAUCUAUGACGCCUAGGCAAGCUCAAUCAGUCCAUCGACGUUCUCCAUGAGCGUGUACAUCGUGUGAACCUUGCACAUCCUAUUACUUUUUUACUGUUUUGUACAUUCAGGUGAACAAGUGCGCAUUUAGAAACUGAGAUGCCGGUAAGGAUCAAUUGGCCCAUGCUCGCAGCGACGGUUUGUCCCAAUGUUGGCGGCUGGAUCGGCGGCUAUAUCACCAAGAAGAAUAUGAGUUGGUAUGAGUCACUGAAAAAAUCGAAAUGUAUCCCGCCGAAUUGGGUAUUUGCACCCGUAUGGACCACUCUGUACUGUACAAUGGGCUACUCGUCGUACCUCGUAUGGCGGGACGGGGGUGGCUUUGAGGGAGCGGCUCUACCGUUAAGCGUCUAUGGUCUCAAUCUCGCCCUCAACUGGUCGUGGACGCCGCUAUUCUUCGGGGCUCACAACAUAAAAUGGGCUCUCUACGAAAUUGCGGCGUUGUGGGUCAGCACGGCGGCAGUUGGAGUCGUGUUCUACCACGUCAAUCCCGCCGCUGGCUAUCUCAUCAUUCCCUACGUCGUGUGGAACUCUUUCGCCGCGGCAUUUAACUACAUCAUUUAUCGGGAUAACAAACAGCUUCCUGCUGUUGAGAAGGCUGACAAUAAAAAGAAAUAAGGAUAUUUACAUAGCAAAACAGAGAGAAAGAGAAAUAGGAAAUACAGAAAUAUGCUGUGGAUAUAUGUUUAGAAAGCCAACUUUUGGUGUCAAGAUUUUUCACAAGACCAUUAAUAGGCUUAAUAAAUACUUUGAGUCAAUGAUUUGAGUAUGUGAUGGAUAAUAAAAAAUUGAGUAUUAUACGCACGAUUCUGUUAAAAGAAAAAUUUUAAGUAAUAAAUGAGGAAACAAUCGUUGUAAAGUACUUCUACCACAGAAUCUAGUUUUUUCUUAUACAGGAAAAUCCGUUAUAAUUCAUCUACACCAUUAUCUUUCAAAUUAUUCGUUAUUCGAAAAAAUGUAUCAAGCUUACUCUGAAGAUAUAUAGCUGCUUUCAAAAAAAUUAUGCAAUUACCAAUACGCAAAUACAUAUUUUUUUUAAACAGCUACAUGUUUUUUCUAUAUCGGUUUAUCUCGUUAUUCUGUGCA